AUGCGGCUGAGUGUCGUUGAUAAAAGCCAGCUGAACCGUCCGUUCAACACAGCCCGAAAUUCCACCGCAUUCUCCAAGAUCGAUAUCAUCCUCAACAUGGGCAGGAUCAACGAGUGGAGAAUCCAGCGAUAUACGGAAGUUCCCAGGGAGAUCCUUGACCACGAAGGCUACGGCGUGGUGUCAUAUACCUGGGGGUAUAUUGCGCAGUGGGAGAAACCGGCAUCGGAUACGCCCGAGGGGGUUGUGUGGACGGUACCUACUACGUCAAAAUGGCCCCUGGCGAGGGCAAGACAGGUGAUGGAGAAGAUGGGAACUCGGUAUGUUUGGUGGGAUUGGAUGUGUGUUCCUCAGGGUUUGAAGCACCAGCUUGACCCUGAGCUAUUCAAGGCCAAAGGGGAGGAGAUCGGAAAACAAUUGCACAUUUACAAAAACGCGGCUAAAAGUAUCGUCUGGCUCCAUCCGACUUCAUGGGACGAGGAUUCUGCAAUGAAAGACCUGCUGCUGGAAAUGUCACGACCUGGUAACCAGGAACCAAAGCUCGUUCAAGAAUAUACAGAGAAGGUCGAGAACUGGCUUCGAACUGCUCAAAUGGACGAGCACUGGUUGAAGUCUGGUUGGACAUUACAGGAAGGCGUCCUUCUAGGGAGCACUCUUCUGAUCGAUGGGCAUGGGAAUACCUUCUCCGAUAGCAGGUUCUACAACGGCAGCCAGGCCACCGUUCGUGAUCUGUCAAUCCCGGUGUCCGUCCUAGCUCGUAAUUCAGCCUCGGCCUAUUUUAUACAAAGUGAAGGUCACGACCCGGACACCACAAGACCUGGUGCCGGUCAGUUCGGGCAUCUGCUGCCGAAAUCACCGGAGUCGGUCAUUUGGUUACGUCGAUCAAUUCAAACUUUAGCUCAGUCCGGGCUAGUCGGAUUCUUCACCUUUAGCCCUCUGUCUAUUCUGUGUGGGAAGAACAGCCGAAAGUAUGGCAUGAUACAAGACUCCUGCUGGGCGUUGAUUGGCGCCAUGGAAGUGGAGAAUAUCGAAGUCAGCUACGACUUCCCCAAGCCAGAAAUCAAGAGAAGGUUUCUCUCCGCACUCGUGGACAAGUAUCAAUGGAUGAUGCUUUUUCUGCCAUUUUGGGAGUGUCAAGUCGAAGAGGAGGGAGCGACAGGGACCGUCAAACGGCCCUUCCAGUGGACGGACAUCGUGGAUGACGCCUUGCUACCUGCCAGUCUCUUCGUAGUCGAAUCACAUACCGACCCGGAAUUGCCUCUUGAGAAGGAGCCAACACUCCACUUCUCGGACGAGGAUUUCAUCUCCGAGGACCUCCGUGUAAAAGCGCGCGAUGGUCAGAGAAUCAGCCUCUUCCGUGUCUCAAAAGACUAUAUCACGUAUUUCUGUCACUAUCGCCAGGACUCGAAUGGGUUGCGGAUCGUGUCUUCCCAGACAGUCACUGUGGCGGAGGAUCCUCUUCUGGCGAAUGCCUGGUUGCUGCCUUUGUGGAAUGUCGACAUGAAGGGAGAUGUGCGGGGGAAACGGUGUUUGCUGGUGCUGCGAUUGGAGGGUCCAACUGCGAUGGAUCAGCCGGUCCACGCGGCGUUCGGUGGGAUGAUUGAUGUGGGGGGGAUGGGGUCCGAAAAGGUUGAUAUCAGGGAGAUGAGCUUGGCUUCUUGCUGA